CCCGGCGCGGCGGGAGCGCGGCGGCAGCGGCGGAUGUACAGCCCCGGGGAAGCCCCGCGGGAGCGCCCGGCCGGCGGAACAUCUUCAGACACUGAUUUGCAGAAGAUUCUGGAGCACAGAGGAGCAGCUGAGGGUCUUCAGUGUGUUUCUCCUCUUCUCUAAACUCAGCAAGUCAUCUUUAACCUUCUGGAUGUCCAAGCCUUUCACCUUAAACUUCAAGCUUUACAUUUUCUGCCUGAUAAGGGAUCAGCCUCUCCCCCGUUGGGAUUUUAGGGAGUUGGGGAGCUGAACUCCCUCUCUGGCCAGCAUGGCAAAGGUUAGAGCCCUUUUAACUGUGUGCCACUUGGUGCUAGAAUUGUUACUGAAUUCAUUGACUGAGUCUUCCAUGCAGAGCAGUGAAUGUCCCCAGCUCUGUGUCUGUGAAAUCAGGCCCUGGUUCACACCACAGUCCACGUACAGGGAAGCCACGACAGUCGACUGCAACGACCUUCGACUAACAAAGAUCCCCAGCAACCUCUCCAGCGACACCCAAGUCCUGCUGCUACAGAGCAACAACAUUGCAAAGACCACAGACGAGCUCCAGCAGCUCUUUAAUUUAACAGAGUUGGAUUUUUCACAAAAUAACUUCACGAGCAUCAAAGACGUGGGACUCUCAAAUCUCACCCAACUCACCACUUUGCACCUGGAGGAGAACCAGAUCACAGAGAUGACCGACUACUGCCUGCAGGACCUCUGCAACCUCCAGGAGCUCUACAUAAAUCACAACCAGAUCAGCAGCAUCUCUGCAAAUGCAUUCUCUGGCCUGAAGAAUCUGCUGAGAUUACACCUCAACUCCAACAAAUUAAAGGUCAUUGACAGCCGUUGGUUUGAUUCGACUCCCAACUUAGAGAUUCUCAUGAUUGGAGAAAACCCAGUGAUUGGAAUACUGGAUAUGAAUUUCAAGCCGCUCUCAAAUUUAAGGAGUCUGGUUCUGGCAGGGAUGUACCUCACAGACAUUCCUGGCAAUGCCUUGGUAGGUUUGGAUAGCCUUGAAAGUCUUUCCUUCUAUGACAACAAACUGGUAAAAGUUCCUCAGCUUGCACUUGAGAAAGUUCCGAAUUUAAAAUUCCUGGAUCUCAACAAAAACCCGAUUCAUAAAAUUCAAGAAGGGGAUUUUAAAAACAUGCUCAGAUUGAAAGAGCUUGGGAUCAACAACAUGGGAGAACUGGUUUCCGUCGACAGGUACGCGCUGGACAACCUGCCCGAGCUCACAAAGCUGGAGGCCACCAACAACCCCAAGCUGUCCUACAUCCACCGCUCGGCAUUCCGCAACGUGCCCGCCCUGGAGAGCCUCAUGCUCAACAACAAUGCCUUGAACGCAGUCUACCAAAAGACCGUGGAGUCCCUCCCAAACCUGCGCGAGAUCAGCAUCCACAGCAACCCCCUCCGGUGCGACUGCGUCAUCCACUGGAUCAACUCCAACAAAACCAACAUCCGCUUCAUGGAGCCCCUCUCCAUGUUCUGUGCCAUGCCCCCGGAAUACCGGGGCCAGCAGGUGAAGGAAGUGCUAAUACAGGAUUCCACCGAACAGUGUCUUCCAAUGAUCUCCCACGAGACCUUCCCCAAUCACCUCAACCUGGACAUCGGCAUGACGGUGUUCUUGGAUUGUCGGGCCAUGGCAGAACCAGAGCCAGAAAUUUACUGGGUCACUCCUCUGGGCAAUAAAGUCACCGUGGAAAGCCUCUCUGACAAAUACAAGCUGAGCAGCGAGGGCACCUUGGAAAUCUCCAACAUCCAGGUGGAAGACUCUGGGAGAUACACCUGUGUUGCUCAGAACAUAGAAGGGGCUGACACGAGGGUCGCCACCAUCCGGGUGAACGGGACACUCCUGGAUGGGACCCAGGUCCUGAAAAUCUACGUCAAACAAGCCGAGUCACAUUCCAUCCUGGUCUCCUGGAAGGUCAAUUCCAACGUCAUGACUUCCAAUUUGAAAUGGUCGUCGGCCACGAUGAAGAUUGACAACCCCCACAUCACGUACACCGCCAGGGUGCCGGUGGACGUCCACGAGUACAACCUCACACAUCUGCAGCCCUCCACGGACUAUGAGGUGUGUCUGACCGUGUCCAACAUCCACCAGCAGACACAGAGAUCCUGCGUCAACGUCACGACGAAGAACGCGGCCUUCGCGCUGGACAUCUCCGACCAGGAGACCAGCACGGCCCUGGCGGCCGUCAUGGGCUCCAUGUUCGCCGUCAUCAGCCUCGCCUCCGUCUCCGUUUAUGUUGCAAAAAGGUUCAAGAGAAAAAACUACCACCACUCACUGAAAAAAUAUAUGCAAAAGACCUCCUCAAUCCCCCUGAACGAGCUCUACCCUCCCCUUAUUAACCUCUGGGAAGGGGACAGCGAAAAGGACAAGGACGGCUCUGCGGAGACCAAGCCGACCCAAGUGGACACAUCCAGAAGCUAUUACAUGUGGUAACUCAGAGGAUAUUUUGCUUCUGGUAGUAAGGAGCACAAAGACUUUUUUGCUUUAUUCUGCAAAAACGACGAGUUGAAGACUUUUGUAUUUUUGCCUUUGCUGGUGCGUGGCAGAGCGGAGGGACAGGUGGAUAUUUCAGGAGUUUUUCGUACAGCGUAUCGCAGCGGUCGGACCCAAAUGGCAGCUUCACCCGCCUUCCAAUUCUCCGUGCUGACAGAGGAAUGAGAGGCUGUCCCGGAGCCAUCCCGAGGUACAGGAGCUCCCGAGCCAACCCCAGUUUGGGACCUGCGGUGAACUGGGAUUGUGAGCCCGGUCUGAGGACUCGGACCCUGAGAGAAGGAGACCCUGAAGGAUGUUAGUUGACUGUACUGUAAUGUUGUAUCAACUGAUUUGAAUGUUUUUGACUUUGAACAAUGAGUUCCCUUUUUUAUCAUUAUUAUUAUUAUUAUUAUUAUUAUUAUUUUUGUAGUAGUUGAAGGCUUAGGCAAAGCUAACAGGCAAUAGGAAUACGUACAUCCGAUUUUCUAAUGUAACAGACUAAAUGGUAUUUGUUCUCUUCUUCUUUUUAUUCUAUUUAGUAGACACUUUUGAAGAAUUACUAGAGUUUUGUUGUGUUUAAAUCACCAACACAUGGUGUUUAAUGAAGGCAGAGCUAUAAUAAAUUUAGUUUGGUUCUGA